AUGUUUGGCAAGAAGACCGGUGCCGCUGCCCCCAAGCAGGAGGCCCCUGCUCACACCGAGAAGACUGUCGGUGGCAAGGGCAACGGCGGCAAGCGCCUCAUCCCUACCCAGAAGGCUUCGAAGUACUACCCCACCGAGGACGUUCGCAAGCCCAAGGUCUCGCGCAAGGUCGCCGGCAAGGCCGCUCUCCGUGCCUCGAUCACCCCCGGAACUGUCCUGAUCCUCCUCGCUGGCCGCUUCGCCGGUCGCCGUGUCGUCUUCCUUAAGCAGCUCGACUCUGGCCUCCUCCUCGUCACCGGCCCCUUCAAGCUCAACGGUGUCCCCCUCCGUCGUGUCUCGCAGGCUUACGUUAUCGCCACCUCGACCAAGGUCGACAUUGCCGGCGCCAAGGUCCCCGAGACCGUCAACGACGCCUACUUCGCCAAGUCGAAGUCUGGCAAGAACUCCAAGGAGGGCGAGUUCUUCGGUGAGGGCAAGGAGAAGAAGGAGUUCCCCGCCGAGAAGAAGUCGGAGCAGAAGAACGUCGACGCCCCCGUUCUUGAGGCCGUCAAGAAGGUCGACAACCUCGCCAAGUACCUCAAGGCUUCGUGGGGUCUCUCCAACGGCGACCGCUUCCACGAGCUCAAGUUCUAA